CGACUACCAACAGGUCCUCGGUGACUACACCUGCACAGGUGCACAAGGGGAGACUACCGCGCCCUGCACUCACAGUUAUCCCAGGCUUGUGUCCGGUCUCCCUCCUCCUGCUGCUGCCUCUUGUCGCUGAUGAUGAAGCUGCUGGUCAUAGUUAUCCUUCUUGCCUGUGUAGGCGGCGCUACCUGCGGCACCGUCAGCUGCUCCUACUACUGCACGAGGUCUGAGCGCUACACUACAAAAUGUGGAUUCUGGAACUGGUCGCGCUGCACUCGAUACAGGGCUGUGGGGGACACCUGCUACAGAACAGGCGCCAAUGGCGAGUGGUCCAGCUGGUCAACCUCUGGCACCGGAAGUUGCUCUGCGACCUGUGGCACGGGACACGCCUGCGGUCCUUCGUACGACAGUGCAACAACCCCGCCCCUAGCUACUGUGGCGCCACCUGUCCCGGCGCUAGCACCAAGAGUGAAUACGAGUCCUGCAACGCCGGCUGUUGUCCGGUCAGCGGCGGCUGGUCCAGCUGGCAGUUGCAGUCUGUCAGCAGCUGCCCUGUGACGUGCGGGGGCAGUACUCAGAGCGUGACGUACCAGCGCUUCUGCAACAACCCACCACCGUCGUGUGGGGGCGCCACGUGCGCUGGGAGCAGCACUAACGUCGUGCAGCAGACGUGCAACACUCAGAGCUGUCCUGUGCACGGCGGCUGGUCCUCGUGGUCUGUAGACAACAACGGUAGAUGCUCUGUGACGUGUGGACCAGGAACGAUGAGCGUCUGGUAUCGACGUCACUGCAACAGCCCCGCCCCUCAAUAUGGCGGGCGGAACUGCACGGGUGACGUCACCAAGGUAGAAUCCGCGUCCUGCAGCCCGCAGCCAUGUCCAGUCAAUGGCGGUUGGUCCACGUGGACCCUGGAGAACAACAGCAGCUGCUCUGUGACGUGUGGAGCAGGCGAGAUGAGCGUUACACACACACGUGACUGCACUAACCCCGCCCCUCAAUAUGGCGGAAGUAACUGUACAGGAGACAACACCCGGGUAGAGUCUGUAGCUUGCAACACUCAGCCUUGUCCUGUGGAUGGCGGCUGUUCCCCCUGGUACCUGGACAGCAAUGGAAGCUGUUCUCAGCCGUGUGGUGGAGGGGAGCAGAACCAGAGUUACACACGCAACUGCACUAGCCCCGCCCCUCAAUAUGGCGGAAGUAACUGUACAGGAGACAACACUCGAGUAGAGACCGUAGCCUGCAACACACAGCCUUGUCCAGUGGAUGGCGGCUGGUCCCCCUGGUACCUGGACAACAACGGAAGCUGCUCUCAUCCGUGUGGUGGAGGGGAGCAGAACCAGAGUUACACACGCAACUGCACUAGCCCCGCCCCUCAAUAUGGCGGAAGCAACUGUACAGGAGACAACACCCGAGUAGAGACUGUCGCCUGCAGCACACAGCCUUGUCCAGUGGAUGGCGGCUGGUCCCCCUGGUACCUGGACAGCAAUGGAAGCUGCUCUCAGCCGUGUGGUGGAGGGGAGCAGAACCAGAGUUACACACGCAACUGCACUAGCCCCGCCCCUCAAUAUGGCGGAAGUAACUGUACAGGAGACAACACUCGAGUAGAGACUGUAGCCUGCAACACUCAGCCUUGUCCAGUGUAUGGCGGCUGGUCCCCCUGGUACCUGGACAACAACGGAAGCUGCUCUCAGCCGUGUGGUGGAGGGGAGCAGAACCAGAGUUACACACGCAACUGCACUAGCCCCGCCCCUCAAUAUGGCGGAAGUAACUGUACAGGAGACAACACCCGAGUAGAGACUGUAGCCUGCAACACUCAGCCUUGUCCAGUGGAUGGCGGGUGGUCCCCCUGGUACCUGGACAGCAAUGGAAGCUGUUCUCAGCCGUGUGGUGGAGGGCAGCAGAACCAGAGUUACACACGCAACUGCACUAGCCCCGCCCCUCUGUACGGGGGAGGUGACUGUCAGGGGGAUGACAGUAAGACUGAGUCAGUCCCCUGUAACACUGACCCCUGUCCAAUUGAUGGCGGUUGGAGUAACUGGAGCAAGUGGCGAGAGGUUGGUCAGUGCAGCGCCCUCUGUGGUGGGGGUCAGGUCCUGCAACUCAGGAAGCGGAAGUGUGACAACCCACAACCUGCUUACGGUGGCAGUGAGUGUGAGGGCGCUGCUCAGGAAAACAAGACUGUCGUCUGCAAUAAUCAGGAUUGUGGAGCUCAGUGUCCAGAAGGCAGCACGAAGUUCAUCCCCGACACCAACAACAGCCGCAACUACUACCAGUGCGACAACGGUGUGGCGAGGUUGAUGAGGUGUGGUGUAGGAAGCGUGUGGGACGAGCUGACCAACACCUGUACACACGACGGGUCCCAGCAGAAGACUGAGUGCGACCCCAGCCGCGUGUACCAGCCGCACGCCAGCGACUGCAGCAAGUUCAUCAUGUGUGUGCAGGGCAGAGCCUACACCAUGUCCUGCCCCAACGACCUGCGCUACAGUGACGCCAUCAGCUCCUGUACCUUUGCGAGUGACGUCAGCUGCUAGCCUCACUGACUAACCCCCCUGACUAGCCUGACUAGUCUCAUUGACUAGCCACCCUGACUAGCCUCUCUGACCUCUAGCUCCUCAUUGCACCUCAUUUGACCGGAGAACUGAGUAACUUUAGUGGACAUUGACUACCUGCACAAUCCAGUGUAACAGCUGUCCUCAGUCUAACAGCUGCCCGCAAUGUAACAGCUGUCCUCAGUGUCACAGCUGCCCUCAGUGUAACAGCUGACCUCGAUGUAACAGCCGCACAAUCCAGUGUAACAGCUGCCCUCAGUGUAACAGCUGUCCACUCACAGUCGCCAGUCCUCCAUUGUGCAGCUGCUGAAUGUAGCCCACGUUCCUCAGCGGCUUCUCGCCCAGACCUUGGUGAGGUCAUGGAGUGCAGGCUGCACAGCCCACCGUGACAGCUGUGGUCACUGACUGGACAGCCUCCCCGUGUCCACCACCUUCAGGUGGCGAAGCAUCUCCAACGGUCCUUAGCCUUAUAGUCUGCUGACUCUGUUAAUGUCUGUGAACGCCUGCUUUGCUGUCUGCCAGGCAAUCAUCGUCACUUCUGUCAUCGUCCUCAUUCCGACAACAUCCACAACACUGAGGUGUGGCUCCUCCUGUCGCAAUGGCUGUACGAGGCUUGUAGCUAGGUCUUACCUUACUUAUAUUAUGUAACAUUGCUGAGUUGACACCUUUGUAACAAGACAAGCAGCUCACACCCAGUCUGUUCCUGUAACCCAGCUGUCAGGCUUGGCAGUCCAGAAGGUCCUGCUACUACAGCAGCUGUGAACUACUGGGGUACAGUCAGUACGUGGGGUCACCUGGGGUCACUUGAGGGAAUGAGUUGUAGACUUUUAGUAAACUGAUAAACUGUUGGUAAACAUUAAACUUACAUUUAGUAUUGCUUUUACUGAUUCUUAAUAUAUCCUAUAAUAUAUUUCUUGAUUCCUCUGCACCACUUGUACAAAGUUAAUGUUUAUCUACACCCAUGAUCGCCUUGUUGAAAAAACGUGUUUUCAGAAUUGAAGUUUUUAUCAUUUGGCAACAAUCAUAAUAAAAAAUUAUUUUAACAAACGUUA